AUGGACUUUACUCCCUGGCUGGAAGAAAACAUCAACAAGCUGUCCGAAGUGCUUGGAAUAGCUUUGGAAGUGGAAGGUAGGGAAGUAAUUUCAGGGGCGCUCAGGGCCGACCUCAUUGCGAGAGAUAAUCAGGCGGACAAGCUGGUAUUGAUUGAAAGUCAGCUUUAUAGCGCCGACCUUCAACACUUGGGUCAGGUCCUGGCGUAUCUGGCCGCUUUCAGGGCGGACAUAGCCGUUUGGCUUGCCCCGAGUUUCGCCGAGCAUGACUGUCUGGCCAUCAGGUGGCUGAACGAGAAUACCGACCCGCGCUUCAGCUUCUUUGCGGUUCAGGUUAAGGCCGUUCGAAUCGCGGAUUCACUGAUAGCGGCGCUUUUCGAAGUAGUUGAACGCCCUAACGAAUGGGAAAAGCAGGUUCGUGCCCUGAGCGAAACCCGAGGGGAGUUGAUCGGGCUCCGCAAGACGCGCAAUGAAUUUUGGAGUCUGUUCGCAGCCAAAUAUCCGGAUGACGCUUCUAUAAACCCUGGCCACAUUAACCAUAGUGUCGUAGUUCCCAUAGCCAAUCUGAAUGCCUCUCUCACCCUGGGACAGGACGGCGUCGGAAUAUUCUUGAACGGAAGGCGCGGCGACCUGCAGGGGGAAAGCUCAAGACUUGCGGAUGAUUGCAGCCUUGCCCUGGAACAGCAGGGCAUAACCAAAUGGGAAUCGUUUGAUGCUUAUAACUCGGUCAACUGGCCAGAGAUGGCUGAUUGCCUCCACAAGAAGCUACACCAAUACCGCGAAGUGAUCGAAUCCUUUGCUGGAAAGUCCGAUCAAUAA